AGGCAGGCACGAGCAGCAGUGAGGUAGGUAGUAGGAGCCAUGGGCCGCAUGUAUGGAAAGGGCAAGGGCAUUGCUUCCUCGGCAAUCCCGUACAAGCGAACUCCACCAAGUUGGCUGAAGCUUAAGCCGGAUGAUGUGUCUGACCAUAUUUGCAAGCUGGCCAAGAAAGGGCUGACUCCUUCCCAGAUUGGUGUCACCUUGCGAGACAGCUUCGGUGUGCCUCAGGUGAAGACUGUGACUGGCAACCACAUCUUGCGAAUCUUGAAGACCAAUGGCUUGGCACCAACCCUGCCAGAGGAUUUGUACUACUUGAUCAAGAAAGCAGUGUCUAUCCGAAAGCACUUGGACAAGAACCGCAAGGACAAGGAUGCCAAGUUUCGCUUGAUUCUAGUGGAAAGCCGUAUUCAUCGCCUGGCCAGAUACUACAAGCGAGUGAAGUCCCUGCCUGCGACUUUCAAGUACCAAUCUGCCACUGCAUCAGCACUGGUUGCGUGAGUGAGGCUUUGUACUGGCCACAUGGCUUCCCUUUGACCUGCACCUGCGUGCUCUGCAAACUACAAAAA